AUGAACACGGACGUGGAAUUCCACAUCAGGCAGAACUAUCCGUGGACCAAGCUCCCUGCUAAUGUCAAACAGAGUUUGGGGAACUCACAGCGUGAAUAUGAGAAGCAGGUUUUAUCAUACAGCAUUCGCAACCAGCUGCGAUUCCGCAAUAACUUAGUACGCCACGUGAGGAAAGAUGAGCGCAAGUAUUAUGAGGAGCUCCUGAAGUACAGCCGGGAACACCUGAUGCUGUACCCCUUCCACCUGUCGGACAUCAUGGUCAAAGGACUGCGGGUCACACCCUUCUCAUAUUACAUAGGAAUUAUGGAGGAUAUUAUGAACAGUGAGAAGAGCUACGACUCCCUGCCCAACUUCACUGCUGCUGACUGUCUGAGGCUUCUUGGCAUUGGGAGGAACCAGUACAUUGACUUAAUGAACCAGUGCAGGUCCUCCAAAAAAUUCUUCCGGAGAAAAUCUGCUCGGGACCUGCUGCCUACUAAACCUGUGGAGAUCUCUGUGGAGCCGUGGUGGGUCGCUCAGACGGGAUACAUCACAGAGGACGAUAUCAGGGUGUGCUCUACUGCUGAGAAAAAGGCUAUUGAUAAAAUGAUAGACUCAGGUCCUCAGCUCGCUGGAUCAAUGGAGUACAAUGUGGUUCUCAGUUUGUACAACCGGGGUUUUAUCUAUCUGGAUGUGCCCAUAUCUGAUGACAGCUGUAUUUCAGUGCCUCCUUUGGAAGGAUUUGUCAUGAACCGUGUCCAGGGCGAUUACUUUGAAACUCUACUGUACAAGAUUUUUGUCUCCAUCGAUGAACAGACAAAUGUAGCCGAGCUUGCAAACGUGCUGGAAAUUGACUUGGACCUGGUGAAGAAUGCAGUAUCUAUGUAUUGUCGGUUGGGUUUUGCUGUGAAGAAGGGUUCGGUCUUCAACUCCGAAACACUUCAUCCCACCUGGAAGAACGCCCCCUCUGUCAACAGACUCAAGAGCACCAUGGACCCCCAGAGGAUGCUGCUGUCCUGGGAACAGGGCAGCCCUGUGAUGGAAGGGGGGUCAUCUGCCACCGACACAGACACUACCAGCCUUGAGGACCAAGGUCUGACUCGGACUGCUGACACAACUAGUGUUAGCAGUCUGAGCAUCCCUGCUGCCCCAACCAAGAGAAUCGCUUUCCUCUUUGACUCCACCCUGACAGCCUUUCUCAUGAUGGGAAACCUGUCCCCAAACCUGAAAAGCCAUGCAGUCACCAUGUUUGAAGUUGGAAAGCUGUCCGAUGAGACUCUUGACAGUUUUUUGGCAGAGUUAGAGAAGGUGGAGUCUACGGCUGAAGGGGAGGCCCAGCGUUACUUUGAUCAUGCACUCACUCUCAAAAACACUAUUCUCUUUCUACGCUACAACAAAGAGCUUACUCAGGACCAGGGACCCGACAUCCCAAACAUAGGCUUCCCCUUGGACAUGCUGCGCUGUGAGAGCCUGUUGGGUUUAGACCAAGCCACUUGCAGCCGCGUCCUCAACAAAAACUACAAACUGCUCGUUUCAAUGGCUCCACUCAGCAACGAGAUACGGCCCAUCAGCAGCUGCACGCCACAGCACAUUGGUCCGGCCAUCCCUGAGGUGAGCUCCAUCUGGUUCAAGCUGUACUUGUAUCGUGUGACAGGCCAAGGCCCACCGUCUCUGCUGCUGUCCAAGGGCUCAAGGCUCCGCAAACUGCCAGACAUCUUCCAGGUUUAUGACCGGCUGCUGAUCACAUCCUGGGGUCAUGAUCCUGGCGUUGUACCCACAUCGAAUGUUCUGACGAUGCUCAAUGACGCCCUCACUCACUCAGCUGUACUCAUUCAGGGUCACGGGAUGCACGGCCACGGAGAAACCGUUCAUAUACCAUUCCCAUUUGAUGAGGAGGAUCUAAAAGGAGAGUUUUCCUACUCCAACAUGUGUGUGCAUAAAGCUCUGCGGAAGCUCCAGGACUCUGUGGAUCUGGAGCAUCAGUGCGGCUACAUCACCAUGCUCAACUCCAACAACCGACACCGGCGCAGGCUCAGCGACAGCGGCGAGUGCCGGGGAGAAACUCAUCUCGGUGGCGGUUUGGACACUAACGGCAGCACAGAGUCUUUUGAGCUGGUCACAGAAGAGAACAAUGGAGAGACCAAGACCAAAACAGACACCCUUUCGUGUGAAGACGAGUGGGUCCCUCUUGAACUGUGCUUCGGCAUGCCCCUCUUCAGCUCAGAGCUCAAUCGUAAAGUGUGUCGGAAGAUCGCCUCGCACAAACUCUUCAGCCACGAGAGCCUCCAGGAGCUGCUGCACUCCAGCCGAAAGCUUUCACUGAAGGUGCUCAGCUUCGUACAAUCAUUCCAGGAUGGCAGCCUGAGCACUGACCAGGACAGUGGUGUGUCGAGCCCUCUGAGCCAGCCCGCGGCAGAGGCUGGGGUCCCGCUGCCUGCCUUGAACCUGCUCUUCAAGGACGCAGAGCUGAAGGAGUGGAGUGGACGGGCCCCUCCUCCACUGGACAUCUCGGCUCUUCAGAAGGACCUCACAUAA